CGGCUUCUCAUGUUGUAGCUAAUCAACCGAUGUCAUCCAAUCAAGCAAAUGUAGAAGAAAAGGAAAUUCAAGCAAUGGUUGCGUCACACUAUCACGCAGGGCGGAAACAGACAAUUUCACUAUUAGCUACUGCAAUAGUAAUUUUAAAGAAUGAACGUGGACACACUACUGCAUUGAAGGCGCUGAUAGACUCAGGAUCUCAAGCAUGUUUUAUAAGUGAGAAGGCAACUCAGAUCCUGAAACUACACAAGACAUCAGUAGAUCUUAUCGUGUCUGGACUGGAGUCCACGAAGGUUAGAGUCAGGCAUGAAGUAAAUGUAAAUGUAUUAUCACGAUGGAACAACUUCAUUUUACCUAUAAAAGCCUACGUGAUGACGAAGCCCUUGACCUCUAACAUACAUUCAGGCACAAUAAUAAGAGGAGAUUGGCCGCACCUUGCUGGCAUUCAACUGGCAGACGAGACAUUUUCAGCCUCCUGUAACAUCGACCUGCUGUUGGGUGUCAAUGAAUAUGUAAACAUUAUGAAGAAGGGGUUGAUCAAAGGUCCACCAGGUACACCAUGCGCACAAGAUACAUACCUGGGAUGGAUCCUUAUGGGUGGAAUUGACAUCAAGGUCAGAAAGCAUGAGCAAUCCUUAACGGUCAUGAAACAAGAAGUUGAUAUAGAAGAUUUACUGAAAACAAUAUGGGAAGUUGAUGAAGAUACGAAAAGAAACCUAACACAAAGGGAACAGUUAUGUGAAGAUAUAUACACUAAGACACAGAAGCGAGAUGAAUGUGGAAGAUAUGUUGUCAAAUUACCAUUCAACACAGAAGAACCUAAAUCAACAGAAGGAAAUACGAGAGAAAUAGCAAUGAAGAGACUAAUGCAAUUAGAAAGAAGGUUCAAAAAUAAAGAAUUAAAGCAAGAAUACAAGAAGGUAAUUGAAGACUACAUAGAUCUAAAACAUAUCGAAGAAAUACCUACACAAGAAAUAAAUAAUAAAUCAGUCUACUUACCUCACCACGCCGUGAUCCGUAAUGAUAAAGAAACCACGAAGACUCGUGUCGUAUUUGACGCCUCGUGCAAGGGCUCCAACGGUGUUUCUCUCAAUGACGAACUGUUGACGGGUCCUGUACUGCAAGACGAUCUGAGAAACCUGAUAAUGAGGUGGAGAACUCACGCCGUUUGCUUUGUUGCUGAUAUCCAGAAAAUGUACCGUAUGAUAUGGGUUGACCGAGAAGACACAGAUUAUCAAAGAAUUUUGUGGAGAAACGACCAAACUGAAGAAGUCAAGGACUACAGGUUGUUAACUGUUACAUUUGGAACAGCUUCUGCUCCCUAUCUCGCUGUAAGAACCCUUAUGAAAUUGGCAGAAGAUGAAGGCGCCCGGUAUCCAGAGGCUGCUAAGAUAUUGCGUGAGGAUUUUUACGUUGAUGACGCAAUGUCUGGAAGUGCCAGUCUGCAACAAGCAAUAAAAAAUAGUCAAGAUCUUAGAGCACUUCUUCAUUUGGGUGGAUUCGAACUAAAGAAAUGGUCAUCCAACAGCCGAGAAUUCUUGGCAACAGUUGAUCCUUGCGAUAGAUCGUCAAAUGCUAAUCUGGAAUUGAAGAUUGAUGGAACAAUAAAGGCACUUGGCGUACAAUGGAAUUUCGGAAAAGACAGAUUCGAGUACAAUUUAAACUUACCUCCAAUCGAUGAAGUGAUCACAAAGCGAAGCAUUCUGUCUGACAUCCAAAAGUUGUUUGACCCACUCGGCUGGAUUGCGCCCAGCAUCGUUCUGACAAAGAUAUUAAUGCAAGAACUAUGGCUUGAAAAGAUAACCUGGGACGAGGCAUUGAAUUCUAAAAUAGCCAGCAAGUGGAUCACAUUGCGAUCUGACCUUGAACAUGUGAAUGAAAUCUACAUAGAAAGAUGGGUAGGUACGACGUGCGCCAAAAGAGAGUCCAUAGAACUCCAUGGAUUCAGCGAUGCAUCCAUCCAAGCAUAUAGCGCUGUAGUAUAUUGUAGAGUGACUCACCCAGACGGUACGAACAAAACGACGCUUAUCGCAGCAAGAACAAGAGUGGCCCCGUUGAAAACAAUAUCCUUACCUCGAUUGGAGCUCUGCGGUGCGCUGAUACUCUCAAGAUUGCUUAAGCAAGUUGGUCAAGCAAUGAGAAUACCUGCAACUCAAAUUUAUGCUUGGACAGAUUCGUCCAUUGUCCUGUCGUGGUUAUUUGGAGAUCCAAACAACUGGAAGGUGUUUGUGGCAAACAGAGUUGUUGAGAUUACAACCAAUGUAUCCUGCACUCAGUGGCAUCACGUGCAAACUCAAGAUAAUCCAGCUGAUGUUGGUUCCAGGGGGAUGUUAGUAGAAAAUCUGAAAAAGUGUGAAUUAUGGUGGCAUGGGCCAGACUGGUUACAACAAUCGAAGAUACAGUUCACUAAACCAAACAUUAUGCAAACAGAGAUUGAGAGGAAAAAUAAUAGAAUACAAAAUUUAAAAAUAACUUACAACAAAAAUGAACUAGAGAAGAGACUAUUUACACAAUUUGAAGAAUUUGAUACACUAUUGGAGCUACUUAGAACAAUCACAUACUGCCGAAGAUUCCUGAAACAAAAAACAUUAAGGGACAGAAUAGAUAGCAAAAUCACAACUGAAGAACUACAUGUAUCGAUGCAAACUUGUAUAAAAAGAGCACAAGAAGAGGAAUUUACAGAAGAUAUAGAAUCGUUAAGAACAAAAAAGAGAGUUAAAGGAACAAGCAAACUAAAAGCACUAGAUCCUUACCUUGACGAAGAUGGAAUCCUGAAAGUGGGCGGUCGGCUCAGGAACUCCGAACUGUCUAAUGAAGUGAAGCACCCAAUCAUUUUGGGUCAUGCAAGUAGACUUGCCUAUUUAGUGGUCGCAGAAGCACAUUCGAAGACACUGCAUGGAGGAGUGCAAUUGAUGCUCACUUACCUGCGAUCGAGAUACUGGAUACUCCGCGCGAAGUCCCUAGUAAAGCAGUGUAUCCAUCGAUGCUUGAUGUGUGCUAGACAUGGGGCUAGGGUAAAAACACAAUUGAUGGGAGACUUACCAAGUUUUCGGGUCAAACCAGCUCGGCCAUUCCUUAACUCCGGUGUCGACUUUGCGGGACCAAUUCAAAUUCUAAUAAAAAAGGGCAGAGGAGCCCAAACUGGCAAGGCGUACAUAGCCAUUUUUGUGUGUAUGUCCACGAAGGCGAUCCACUUGGAGUUGGUUGGUGAUCUGACUUCAGCUGCAUUCAUUGGUGCCUUUAAACGAUUUUGCGCACGAAGAGGCAGAUGUACAAACAUGUGGAGUGAUCAGGGAAGAAACUUUGUUGGUGCUAACAAAGAUCUGGUUGAAGCCUGGAAGGAAGCUCGCCUACAAUUUGAUGGAGAAAUUAGUGAAUUACUUGCUAACGAUGGAACACAAUGGCACUUCAUCCCGGCCUACUCCCCAAAUUUUGGAAAUUUAUGGGAGACAGGUGUGAAGUCUAUUAAGCACCAUCUACGAAGAAUCCUUAACACUAACCUUACCUAUGAAGAGCUUACGACGGUUCUCUGUGGAAUUGAAGCGUGCUUGAACUCGAGACCGCUGUGCCCGCAGGAAGACAGCAUGUCGGAACCAUUAACUCCGGGUCAUUUUUUGAUAACUGAACCCCCUGUAACUGUGCCUGAUGUGAACCUGCAAGACGCUAAAAUAAGCAACCUGACACGUUGGCAAUACACACAGAAACUGCUGAACGACUUCUGGUCAAGAUGGCAAAAAGAAUACUUGACGCGGCUGCAACAACGACCGAAAUGGUUAAAACGCGAAGACGAAUUCAAGAUAGGGGACAUUGUUCUCAUAAAACAGGACAAUUUGCCACCAGGAAAAUGGCUUAUGGGACGAAUAACCGACAAGCAUCCUGGCCCUGACGGUCUUACCAGAGUCUAUAGUGUAAAGAGUGGUGAUCAUAUAACAAAGCGAUGCGUAACAAAACUAUGUGCGUUGCCCAUCGAAAUAGAUUAGUGCUAUAUAGUUGUUAAUAUUUGUUAUUUUACUAUUGUUCUUUGUAUAAAUUCUUUCUGACCGCACCAUAUACCGAUACCUUAAUGAUUGUUGUAGAAGCAAACCAAAACAUGUGAUUACCUAUAAAUUUUGUUGAUUUUACUUAAUUUAAAGGACUUCAGUAGUCCUUUGGUGGGCGGCUUAUGGUGAUUCUGUUUUGCGAUUUUGAACUUAAAAACGUAGUCUCAAUUAACUUUACGAUUAAGCGGUAGUUGUCAAUAUACAUUUACGAAGGAAAGACGUGUUUCUCUAACUGAU